GCGCUCCUUGACGCCGUGCCGUUGUCGUCUUGGAGAAAGGAGAGGAGGCGGAGGAGGGUCCGGUGGCGGAGCAAGCGAUCGGAACACGAUGAAGAACAUAUUCAAGAUCAAGCGGCACCCUCACCGAUCCAACGAGAUUCCCUCCCCCUCUUCGGUGGCUCAGUCGCCGGCGCCGUCGCCCACAGCUGCGGCCUCCCCUUCGUGCGCGGCAGACCACAGGGCCGCUUCGUCCGGUGCGUCUCCGACGACACCAUCCCCCGUCGAGCCUCCGCGGGCAACUGCUCCCCCUGGGGAGGACCGUCAGGACUACUUCUCGUCGGAGGAGGAGUUUCAGGUGCAGCUGGCGCUCGCGAUCAGCGCUUCGAAUUCGGAGUUCGGGGGCGAUUUGGACGGCGAUCAGAUCCGAGCGGCGAAGCUGCUGAGCUUGGGGAGGGACCGGAUCAACCAGGAUCGGGAGGAGGGGACGUCCGAGUCGCUGUCACGGAGCUAUUGGGAUUACAAUGUCCUCGACUAUGAUGAUAAAGUUGUGGAUGGGUUCUAUGACAUAUAUGGCCUCUCUGGCAAUUCUGCAAGUCAGAGAAGGAUGCCAUCGUUAACUGAACUCCAAACAAGAAUUGGGGAUCUAGGUUUUGAAGUCAUCGUUGUCAACCGUGCAAUUGACCCUGCAUUAGUAGAGUUGGAGCAAGUGGCACAGUGCAUUUUGUUAGGAUGCCCUACUACUGAAACUGGAGUGCUGGUUCAGAGAGUAUCUGAAUUGGUCAUGGAUCAUAUGGGUGGUCCUGUUAGAGAUGCAAAUGACACACUAACAAAGUGGAUGGAAAAAAGUACGGAGCUACGAACCACACUUCAGACGAGUUUGCUACCAAUUGGCUGCAUAAGAGUAGGGUUAUCCCGGCAUCGUGCUCUACUAUUCAAGGUUCUUGCGGAUAAUAUUGGCAUUCCUUGCAAGCUCGUAAAAGGGAGUCAUUACACAGGCAUGGAUGAUGAUGCCAUUAACAUAAUAAAGUUGGAUGAAAGGGAAUUUUUGGUUGAUCUUAUGGCUGCUCCAGGCACUCUAAUCCCAGCUGAUGUACUCAGUCUAAAAGAAACUUCUUCCAAACCAAUCAUAAGCAAGAGAAUGAGCUCUUGGGCAAGCAGACCAGAGGAUGAUUUUUUCAACAAUGAACAGUUGCACCUUGAUGUUAAAACUGGCAAUCCAGUUUCAUCCUUGGAUCAUAAUCAAACUGUUGAUAAGAGAACAAUAUACGAAAGUCCAAUUGCAAUAUCUUCAGUUCUAAGUGAUCGUAAUGGUGAAUCCUCUACAAGUAGUGGACGUAAUUCUAGGGGAAAUAUGACGUUAUCUAUACAAAAUGGAUCGGAUCAAUCUACAUCUACCAGUGUAACAACUUCAAAGCAGAAGGGAAUUGUUGUUGCUGUUUCCGUGGAUGGAAAUAAUUUAGGUAAAGGAAAGCUCAACUCUAAUUUUACUCCACAAGAUGCUGCUGAUGUAACAAACCUUUUUGCUGAUCUGAACCCAUUCCGAGAAACUGUUGCUGCAAAAGCAGCUCCACUUCCCAAAGCUUCUGAUGGUGCAAAUAUGGGAUACCAGAGGCACAGGGAAAACAUUGCUAUAGGACCUGGAAGAUCCCAAGUUCCAUUGGUUUGGAAAGGCCGAUCUGCUUGUAAUGAGAUUCCUAAUACAAAACAGAACAAUUUGGUGGAGUCAAAUCCACAAAGGAACUUCACACCAAACGCUUCGUCUUCUAAAAUGCCCAGCUCUGCUGCAAAAGCAUUUUCUGGAGUUUCAACUAAUGUUGCUGGUUCUUCUGCCAUUUCAAACUCUGUAGCUAUUUCUGAGAACCAAACUCGUCGACCUGCUAUGAAUAUGGGUUAUCAUUCGUCAGAAUAUGGCCAGACCAAUAAUGUCUCAGAAAAUAAUAUGCACCAUAAAUUGGACAGGAGCCGUGAUGUUCAAGCAGAUAAAGCACACAUCUCAAUUUCAUCAUCAGAAGCAAAGUAUGAAUUUAAUGACCAUGGUGGCAAAAUGGUUUUGGAUAGCAGCCAGUUAAAGGUGCUACAGAAACAAGGGGAAAAUGCUGACAUCAAACAUGAUAAGCAAAAUCAUGAUAGACUCACAGAAAUAAGUGUGAACACUGUUCAUCAAGAAUCUUCAAGUUCCUUCCAAGUAACUCCUAGUAUUUAUGAAGAAUCUUCAAAUUGUUCACAAGUCAGGCCAAGUAAGGUUGACCCUGUGCUAGAUGAUGUGGCUAAUUGGGAAAUCCGCUGGGAGGAACUAAUAAUUGGAGAGAGGAUUGGACUAGGUUCUUAUGGAGAAGUGUAUCGUGCUGAUUGGAAUGGAGAGGAAGUAGCUGUGAAAAAGUUCCUAGAUCAGGACUUUUAUGGGGAUGCUUUAGAUGAAUUCCGCAGUGAGGUUCGUAUAAUGCGCAGGUUGCGCCAUCCAAAUGUUGUUCUCUUUAUGGGUGCUGUAACUCGGCCUCCUAAUCUAUCUAUUGUUUCUGAGUUUCUUCCAAGAGGAAGCUUGUACAGGAUUCUUCAUCGCCCUAAUUGUCAAAUUGAUGAGAAUCUCAGGAUAAAGAUGGCUCUUGAUGUGGCUAAGGGAAUGAAUUGCUUGCACACGAGUAUACCUACCAUCGUCCACCGUGAUCUUAAAUCACCCAAUCUAUUGGUGGACAAGAAUUGGACUGUUAAGGUGUGUGAUUUUGGCCUGUCACGCUUGAAGCAUAGCACAUUUCUAUCUUCAAAAUCUACUGCUGGAACGCCGGAGUGGAUGGCACCCGAGGUGCUGCGCAAUGAAAAAUCCAAUGAAAAAUGUGAUGUAUAUAGCUUUGGAGUGAUCUUGUGGGAACUUGCGACCCUGAGGAUGCCGUGGAGUGGCAUGAACCCAAUGCAAGUGGUUGGGGCUGUUGGAUUCCAGAAUCGGCGGCUUGACAUCCCAAAAGAAGUCGAUCCUCUGGUUGCAAGGAUUAUAUGGGAAUGCUGGCAAACGGAUCCAAGCUUGCGCCCCUCAUUUGCACAACUGACAACUGCGCUCAAUUCCUUACAGCGGCUGGUCAUUCCCUCACAACAGGAGCCAGAAACCCCCCUAGUGCCCCAAGAAAUCUCAGUGAAGUCAACCCCCUAAGUAUUUGCAGUGUACAUAAGCAUAUACACCUCCUUGGCUUCUGCCAUUUAGGCUGUUUUUUUUCUCUUUUCAUGGCAAUGAUUGUUUGUAAAGUGUUUGAUCAUGUCGAUAGCAUCACUAAGUCAAUAACUUUAAAAGGGAGUUGAUAUGUAUCUAUGUAUUUGUUUUCUCGCUCUCUUUUUGUUUUGUUUGCUGGCCGAACCGGCUAGCUUUAAUUGGAUACACUGUAGGAGAGGUAAGAACAUUUGUUACUAAACUGCAUCGCAGCAUCUUCAUUCUGUCAGUUUGUGUUGUAGAAGCAUUGUACUAGAAAUGUAUAUGCUGUUCUAGGAUGACUUUGUAACUUGACUACUACUUUAUUCUUUAAUGUCGCUUGAUCUGGUGUAUCGGUUCAACUUUCA